UAUCUUCUGGUAAAUUGUCAAAAUUACGAUAGUUUAGACAUAAGUAUACAUUAAAAGGAUUAAAGGAGAAAAAGCAUUCCCAAUGCAAGGUGUCUAAAUUAUCAGUUGUUCUCUGAAUAUGGAUAACAAUGACGAACAGUCUAAUGAGAAGAAGUUACUGAAUAAAGCAAAAUCAUAUAGUACCCAAAUGCCUACGAUGAAUAUUAAGAACGAACCUAUUAAACGUAAAUCUUUUUAUGUGAACGAUGCUGUUAAAUCAUUGGAUUUAGCGCUGUGUAGACUAAAGAAAAGCAAGUUGGUGAGUGAUAAUACCAAUAGUGCUCACUCUAGUCCUGUAAGACGUGGGUCUAUGUUUAUGGAUGUUAAUUCCAGUUACAAUUUCAACCAUAGCACAGACAAUGCAUCUUUAAUUUCUAUGAAUUUAUCUCAUUACGAGUUGAUGCGUAACUUAUCGCGUACCAACUACGACUCUGAUGGGGCCUACAGCGGUAACACGUGUAACGCAUAUUUGAGUGCUACUGACACAACGGUCAAGAAUGAACAUUUGGAGAAAUACUUCCGAAGUGCUGAGAUAUGGAACAAAAAUUUCAGAGAUAGCGGUCCCAGCACUUAGU